UAGCCACGCCCCCGAAGCUCUUGGGGCUGCCCAGGGAAAGCCUUGGUGGGGUGAGCCCAGAGUUUUGCUCCGUUUCUCUGGCAACGGUCUCCAGAGCAGAUGGCUACCUAGCGAUUUGUCAGACUGUGCGGGGACUGGGCCGCUUGUUCCCAACUCAUAAGGCCUUGCAGCCCGGUUGACCCGAUGUUUCACGGAACAAUUACAGAAGAGCUAACCAAUCAUGAAGAAUGGAGUCACUAUAAUGAAAACGUGAUACAAGAUCACAAAGAUUUUGUUUUUGUGAAGUUCAGUGGCCUUCAUUUAAAAUCUAUGGAAAAUUUGCAAUCUUGUAUCUCUCUUAGAGUAUGCAUCUUUUCAAACAAUUUUAUUACAGAUAUUCGUCCACUUAAGAGUUGUAUAAAAUUAGUCAAACUUGAUCUCCAUGGCAACCAGAUAAAAAGUCUACCAGAUACCAAAUUUUGGAGUGGAUUGAAGCACCUAAAACUCCUCUAUCUUCAUGACAAUGGUUUUGCAAAGUUAAAGAAUGUAUGUGUGUUAUCAGCCUGUCCAAGCCUCCUUGCCCUCACCAUGUUUGAUUGUCCAGUAAGCCUUAAAAAAGGAUAUAGACAUGUUCUUGUCAACAGUAUGUGGCCUCUCAAAGCACUGGAUCAUCAUGUGAUUUCUGAUGAAGAAAUAAUUCAGAACUGGCAUCUUCCUGAACGAUUCAGAACAUACAACUGUCGACUUUUCUUUAAUUUCUGCCCUGCUUUGAAAAAGGGAUCAACCUAUGAGGAUGAAAUUAAUAAUAUUAAAUAUGUUAUUUCAAAAAUUAAUGAAAUCAUGGCUCAUAAUUCCCCAGUUUUGAUUGUUCAAAGGUGGAUACGUGGUUUCUUAGUUAGAAAACAUCUGAGACCCUUGUUUUUGUGUAAAAAGUAUCAGGAAAAGCUUAUUGAUGAAACAAAAUGGAUUUACAUACACAAAAGAUUUGAAGAUAAACUCUUUAAGGAACUCUUUUUUCCUCCUGAAACUAAUAUAACAGGAAUGCUUGCGCAUAGGAAACGUAAUAUAUAUUCUCCUAUUGAUUUAAAAACUUGUAGCGAACAGAGAAAACCUGUUUCCUCUGCUUUAUAUGAAUUAAAAACAAAAGAUAUUGACGUAAAACCAAAAAAAUCGAGACAUCUUUUUCAAAAAGGUCAGAAGGAGUCUGAAGAUGAAAUUGAAGAUGAGGAAUUGGAUGCCAGUUUUAGGAUAUCAGUGUUCAAACUACCCAUACAUACUACAGAUUCAUUGAAGUAUGCUCAAGUAUUGAAAAAGAAAGAACAAGAUUCUUUUCCUCUAUAUGCCCAGCCACUUCCCACCAUUCAUCCAAAACCAGCAAUUAAAAAAAAAGACAUGCUGUUGAAGAGGAAUGUAAGUAGAGAGUUUUUUACAACACACAGAGCUGGUAUAAAACUCCAAACACUUUGUGAUAUUGAUAAAUAUUAUUCAGAACAAAAGAAGCAGGAAAUCCAUAACAACAAAGCAACAGCUGUAACCACGGCGCAAGUUGCUCAAGAAAGAGUUAGCUUAACUGUUCAAGAAAAUUUAAAUAAGAAAAAGUAUGAUGCACAAAAACUAACUGCAAAAGCUAAUGAGGCAAUUCAGCAAAGGUUACAACAACUUUUGCAGGACAGACUAAACUACCUUGAAGAAGUUCGAAAGAGGAGAGCUCUGUUUCUAGAAGAUAAAAAACAAAGGGCUGAAGAACGUUUAUUAAUUCAAAAUUUAAAUAAUGAGCGCACUCUUUUGGCCAAAGGAAUGAUGAAAAUGGCCAGAUCGAAGAAGAAUCAGGCUACCUUAAACAAGAAAAUUCUGAUUGUUCAGCAAAAACUGGAAACAGAAGAAUAUCGAAGGGAUUUACUGAAAAAAAUGAAGGAAACUAGGGCUCAAGAAACACACAAAAGACACUGUGAAGAAAAAUUUGUUAUUGAUAUGCUUGCCUUUCAGAAAGCUUGUGAAAGACUCCAAGAUGCUAAAACAAAAGUUGCAAUUGUGAAAACGAAUUUAGUCUUUAAAGUUCCCCAUGGAGUGACAAAAUGAACCAAUGUCAGAUCACACCCUACGAUCAUUUUGAAUUAUAGGCAUUAUUUUUAGUUAAAGGACUUUGAAACAAUACUAUGAAAGAAAAAAUACUCUAUGUCACAAGAUGGAUUUGUAUUUAAAUCUUAUAAAAAUAUAAAGAAUAAUUAAAAUGUUUCUCUUUUUGAUCAUAAUUUAACUGAAAUCAAAUUGACUUGGGACCCCCAAAAGCUUCCUUAUAUAUCAAGAUGUCCAAGCAACAAUUAAAACUGAUUUUAUUUAUUGCAAGAAAUAUUGCAAAGGCAUUGCUUAUAUUGUUUAAUAUCAUGAGUAUAGCAAUUCAUAAGCUAUUUUCAGUUUCUUUGGCAACCUUAGCAUAGUAAUUUCUGCCCCAGCUGCUGACUUUUAUUAAGACACUGUAUACUUUGAUUAAUUUCAUUACCUGCUUGCAGAUAUUUAAUUAUAUUUCCUGUUUAUUUUGUGAAAAUGAUUUCUGAAUUUAUUUUUUCAAAAUAAAUGUUUCACCAUUAUAUCAAUGAUUCAUGCUCUUAUAAAAAUUCAGAAAACAUGAAAUAUAAAAGGGAAGUUAAACCUUCCUAUUAACUUCCUUGGAGAUUGUAAGAUUUUUGUAUUUUUGCAUUCUAUGUAUUUUAUAUGUGGGGGCAUAAAGGAGAGAGAAGGCACAUGUAAUUAUGUAAUUGUGAUCAUAAAGUACAUAGAAAUGGCAUAUAUUAAUUUCAAAUCUAUUUAGUACAUACUCAUGGUGUAAAAUUUGAAAAAUAAAGAAAAAUUUUUAA